AUGGAGUUUGCAAUAGAUCUUGAAGCUGAACGUCCUGUUCUAAAGGAAACUGUUAAAGGGGUUAUAUGGGCUAUAUUUUUUCAUCGAUUACUAGGGCCUAUUGCCCCCUCGAAUGGUGAGUGUUUAGGCAUAACUUGUCCAACAUGUAAAGAUCUACCUGAAUUACAUUCACUUAUUAAUAAGCGAGUGGAGGAAUUGGCAACCCAAGAGUUCAUUACAGAUUCCUCGAAAGUAGGUAAAGUCACCAUAGUGUUCAAACAAAAAAUUAAUCAACGUAAGAAGUCAGGAUGGUUCGGAGGAAAAGAUAACAACGAACAACAAGUCCCAUGGGAAGUAUGGUGUAUACGAGUUAAAUGUUUGACUUCCAAUAUGGAAUCAUCUAUGGAAAGAAGUAAAAUUAGUUUCCAGCAAGCACUUUUAGCGGUAAUAGAUAAAGCUGAUGGUAAUAUGGAACAUAUACCUCCAAUUACAUCAUUGGAUGCAUCACCUUUCCCCUAUGAUAUUGAAAUUACUAAGAAGGCUACUGAUGAAAGUUGGGGGUCUUAUUUCAAAAAUAUCGUCAAUGAUAAAACAAAGGUUUAUUAA